AUGAAUAUCUUGUCAAGAAGGGUGUCUUUGAUCUACCUCCUCCGCAUCACUUGUGAGACCAUCUUCGAAUCCCCCAUCCUCCUCGAGUCUUCGUUCUCGCUCUACUUACAGAUAGAAAACAAUAGAGAUACCUUCAUUAAGGCGUACUUCGACCACGUCCACCCCUUUGCUCCUGUGAUCAAUAGGGCUGAUUUCAUUCGUGGUUAUCAAUCCGGAGACUGCUCUCUGUUCCUGCUUCGCGCUAUGCUGAUCCCAGCCAGUCUUCAUGUGCCAGUCGAUGUGCUAUCCGCCUGCGGCUUUGCCAGCCGAUCAGCCGCGCAGGAGGCCCUCUUCUCCAAGGCCAAGCUACUCCACGACUUUGCCGCCGAAGAUGACCCGCUGUUGAUGCUGCAAGGGUCCAUGAUCCUAUGCGUGGUGAUUCUCGACCACCCCAGCGACAGGGACUUUGGCUACUGGUUCCACAACGCGAUCCGUCUCGCCACCAAACUUGACCUACGCAACAGGUGCGUUCGGGAGGACGGGUCCCGCGAAGUCCUAAAGUUACGCACACGGCUGCUCGAAAGCACCGCCGCUAUCAAGCCUCUGACGGAAGAUGACUGGGAGACGGAGGAUGGCUCGGAAGCAUCACCAGGCCUACUACCGAUGGCCAUGUGCCAGCAGAAAGCCUCGCUUGUUGCUCACUGCGAAUUGGGUCAAAUAUUCGGACAAUGUUUGACCAUUGUCACAAACAAGCCACAGCAGGAUCUUCGCCAAAUAAUGAACCGACUCGACGCAUGGCGCGAGUCUCUCGCUGCCAAGAUGCACCAGUCCCGGCAUGCGGCAUGGAGAGAGUGGGCCAAAGAACGGCUUCGAUCCGCUAUUCUAGAGUUGAACACGAUUACCAUGAGGGUGUUGACGAGUGGUAUCCCCCUUCAGGACUUUCCAAUUUCUUUCAUAACCACAAUAACUGCGCUGCUUGCUCUACAAAUCGAAUCGGCCCUCGAUCCAGCCGAGAAAGAUAUAGCCCGUUCCAUGGCUCGGAUAUCGAUCAGCCAGACAAUGCUUGUGCUCACCCAGGGAAAAGAAAUACCUGCCCUGAAGAGGGCGCUGCCGGUUUUUGAGGAGAUUCUUGCCAAUGAAAAUCUGUACCUGGUUCCGCCUAACAUUCCCGGUCAAGGACCUGCGCAGUCGCAGCCACAAGAUCAUAACAUGACAGACGAGUACGCUUCGCCGCACACACAGGUUGGCGUAGUUUCGUCUCAGUCGGAGCAGUGUGAGGAUAAUCCGUCGUUCUAUGGGGAUUUCCUAGGGUUUGAUUUCUUGGACGAGUGGCAGAUUGGGCAACUGGGUUUUACUGGCCGAUGUUGA